UUGCCCUCUCCACCUUCGAGCCCCGUCCCCUUCCCACCCGUCUCGUUCCCCACCAGUUUCUGUCCAAGAACCACCGUGCUGGAAGAGGGAGAAGGUGGAAUUACUGGCUCGACUCCGCCACCAGCUAAAUCGCUCGCGGCGGCGGCAGGAUUGUCGGGAGGAGGAGGAAAGAAGCUGAGGAUUACUCCAACGAUUUUUCCUCUGCUAAUUCUUUUUCUCUCUAAGGGAUGGGCAGGCUGUACCGGCCAGCGGGGAACCAUAUCCAUGGCCAACCUCCACGUCAGCCACGUGGUGGAGGACACGAGUUUUGCCUCUUCCUACGGAUGUUCCUCCAGUCCCUCUCCUUCCAGAUCCGGAUCCGAAACUAUAGUUCGCGAGGAGAACGACUUUUUCUCCGCGCUCCUCCGGCUGCAUUGCGCGAAGAAUAACUAUAAAUCGCCGUUGAAGGAGAGAGGGAAAUGCUCUUGGUCCAGAUUUGACGCGGAGCGGUUCGUGAAAAGAGUGAAUCACAGCAACGGAAUGGUUAAAGCGGCAGCGGCGGGGACGAUGGAGCCGACUCUUCUGCGGGGUAAGAAAAUUCGAAUCAAUACUACCAUUAAUGGCAGUUACAAUCCUGCUCCAAGUGGUGAUGGCUAG